UGCUUCCCUCGACCACAUGUUUUUAAAUUGUUUAAAUAGGAAAUAAAAUCAUCUAUUUCUUAUUCUUUAAUCUUUAUAAUUAUACCAGUAUUUAAUUAACCGGUGCUUGAAGUUGAAACAUAAUGGCAGCGCCUCCAGGAAUGCCGGCUGAUUUCAGCUCACCAUCAACACAGAUGCGAUUAUUCAAAGAAUAUAUGAUUGACUUUAAUCGUUUGGCCGAACAGUGUUUUAAUGAUUGCAUUUUUGAUUUCACUCAGCGUAAAAUGACACCCAAAGAAGAAAAAUGUGAAGACAAUUGUGUUCAAAAAUAUUUCAAAGUAAACCAACGUUUGAGCAAAAGAUUUUACGAGAUCCAUGCGGUUGAAAAUCCAUUGGACAAAGCUUCUGCUUAAGCCCUUAAGUCUCUAGCUCAUAUGUUUCACCACGUGUUCUCUACUAAACCGAUCAGUCUUUAUUAGUAGUUUAUUACAAACAUUAUAUUCAAGUGAAACUCUAAUUUUUUUGUUUACUGGACAAUUAUCUAUACACUAGAUUUCAUAUUUUUUUGGUUUUGUUUAUUUAGUUUUAUUAAUUAGUAUCGCAAGUAGUUGCACUAAUUUUCAACAUGGGUUUAACUACAGACUACACGCGAUUCUCUGCCAGUGGUGAUCCUUUUGGAUUGAUUGGAUCAUCCAAUAGCUGUAUUAGAUAUGUGAAAAUCAAUGGAAUAGCCGAUAAAUAUGUAGCCACGAGUGGACUUCAACACAUCAACAUUUGGGAUAUUAAAACACAACAAUUGAUUUACACCAUUGGGUCUGGCACUGCCAUGAUCACUUAUUUUGCUGUAGACUUCACCAAUGAACCUUUAAUUGCCAUUGGACGAGAUGAUGGUUCCAUUCAGAUUGUUAAUUAUGCCACGCAAGAUCUUAAAAUAACAUUUAACGGACAUAAAGGAGCCAUAACUUGCCUAUCUUUCGAUUCUAAAGAGAUGAGACUUGUAUCUGGAGGAGUUGAUACGACUAUCAUUGUUUGGGACAUAGUCAAUGAAUGUGGAUUAUUCAAACUAAAAGGCCAUAAAAACCUCAUCACCCAAGUCAAAUUUAUGAAAAAUCAUAAUUGUAUGAUUUCGAGCUCUAAAGAUGGUACAAUCAAGUUCUGGGAUCUUGAAACUCAACACUGUUUCAAAACAUUUAUUGCUCAUAGAAACCAAGUUUUAGACUUCAUCCUUAUCAAGAAUGAUACCAGAUUGAUUACAGGUAGUGAUGAACUCAAAGUUUGGAAGAUCCAACUCAAAUCAGAAGCGGAACUUUCUAAAGAAAACACAGACGAGAUGGAAGAAGAGGAAGAAGUGGAGGAUAGUGAAAAUGUCGAAGACGAGUCUAGUUUGUUCAAAGUAACAUCUUAUGGGUCAAUUUUAAGAGAGUGUGAUUCUCGUUUCCGAGGUUUUGGAAUAGAUUCUAAAGACAGAUUUUUCCUCAGUUAUGGUGUCUCUGCAAAAGUUGAGUGUUUCAAAAUCAGAACGGAUAAAGAAAUUACCCUAAAGGUUCAGAAAAAGGCUCGAAAAGAGCGAAAUAAAAAGAGCAAGAAAAGAUUAGCGAAUGAAAAUGAACCAGAAAUUGAAGAGACUUUCGAUGAAGUUCCAAUCACCAUCAAAGAUGAAAUUGAACGACUAGAAUCUUUUAAAGCAAGUGCAAAAGUUAAAUUCUGUGAUAUCUUUGUUCAAAAUCAAAUAUCCAAAGUAACCUUGUUGCUGAUGAACAAUACUACAGAAACCUUCUCCUUCAACUUAGUCAAUUCUGAAGUUGAAAAACUUGGUAGCCUGGAAAAUGAAGGUCAUCGGACUGAUGUUCGAACUGUUUCAUUCAGUGCGGAUAAUCUUUUGAUUCUUUCAGCAAGUAGUGACUCUUUGAAGAUAUGGAAUAGGUCUACCCGAAGAUGUAUAACAACCAUCAAAGAAGAUUUUGAAUAUGCUUUAUGUUCAUUGUUUGUUCAUGGAGAUAAGUACGCUAUUACUGGAACCAAAACUGGUAAACUUCAAAUAUUUGAUAUCGGAUUGGCAGAAAUAAUUGAGACCAUUGAAGCGUCAGAAGAGGGUAAACCAAUAUGGUCAAUAUGUGCCCAUCCAGAUGGAAAAAGUAUUAUCUCCGGAUCAGAGGAUAAGAUUGUUAAAUUUUGGGACCUUGAGCUUGUCAAAUCACCAAAAACCAACAAAAUGGUUAUUACCUUGGUUCAUUCAAGAACCUUGUCCACUGAUGAGGGUGUUCUUUGUGUUCAAAUUAGCCCCAAUUCAAAAUUUAUAGCCGUUUCCAUGUUGGAUUGUACCGUUAAAAUUUUCUACCUCGACACACUCAAAUUUUUCCUCUCGCUUUAUGGUCAUAAACUACCCGUUCUAUCAAUGGAUAUAUCAGACGAUUCAUCUAUAAUUGUUACUGGUUCAGGCGAUAAAAAUUUGAAAAUUUGGGGUCUCGAUUUUGGUGACUGUCGACGUUCAAUAUUUGCUCAUGACGAAGCAAUAACAGGGGUUAAAUUUGUUCCAAAUAGCAAGCUGUUAUUCACUUGUAGCCGAGAUAAAACAAUCAAAUAUUGGAAUGCUAGUGACUUUGAACGAAUAAUGACUCUUAAAGGGCAUCAAUCGGAGGUCUGGUGUCUCGCUUGUAGUCCUAAUGGUAAAUACCUUGUUUCAGCUUCUCAUGAUAAAACUUUACGUCUUUGGAUGGAAACUGAUGAACUGCUAAUUUUGGAAGAAGAACGAGAAAUUGAGAGAGAAGAAGAAUUGAACAAUUUAACCGAUGAUGACACCAAUCGCGUUAUUCCAGGUGAUGUUAAUCAAGAAUCUUCGCUUCCUGUAAAAUCUACCAAAGAAACCAUUAUUGCCACUGAACGGCUUAUUGAAGCGAUUGACAUCUUCAAGGAACAAAUUAAAGCGAAUGCAUUAUAUAACGCUCAAUGUCAAACAGCAACAAGUGAAGGGAAAAAGCCACCAAAAUCAUUAGCUCCUAAUCCAGUUCUGUCAGCCUUUAAAACUGAUGAUCCAUACCGUUAUAUAUACAUUAUUUUGACUCGGAUUAAACCAAGUGAAAUACAAGAGACUAUUUUAAGUUUACCUUUCAAUUAUGUCUCCGACUUGCUCAUCAUUUUAACCAGCCAUUUAGAGAAAGGUUGGGAUCGUGAAAUGAUCUUAAAGUACAUUUGUUUCAUUAUCAGAACCCAUUUCGGCCAAAUUAGCUCAACUCCAAGACUUAUUCCUACCAUUGAUAAAUUGCGAUCUCUUAUGAAACCAAAACUGAUGGAAACAAAGGAUUUAUUUGGUUUCAAUCAAUCGGCUUUCCAAUUCCUACAAAGUGAAAUUGAAUCAAGAGAAGAGAUUAGAUUGUUCUAUGAGACAUUUAAUAAGAAGCGCGAGAAAUCUCGGAAUAAGCGUAAAAAGGCGAGAAAAGUUGUUGAGAAUGCUCCAAUAUUAAGUUUAAAAUGAAUAAAGAUUGUUUUCACAGUUGA